AUGCGCGGGAGUUACCGUUUCAGACAGUUACACAGCAGCAGCUUCAGCUUACGCUCACUCGAAACCCGGCAACCCAGCAACAUCAAGCACCAAACUGGAAAUCCGACUUGCCCAAACCCAAUCCCAUCAAAGAAAACACUAACCCAGAAACGCAGAUCCAUGAAUAAGUUAUCAAACGCCUCUGACUCUGAAAUUGUCAAAUUGAACAAGGACAUUACCACCCAAAUGCGUAAUGGCCGAUGCGAAGCUGCUUUACGCGUCUUUAAUGUCAUGCCUCGGCGGAGCCCAGUAUCUUAUAAUGCUAUGAUAUCUGGCUACCUGGCAAAUGGCAAGUUUGAUCUUGCAAAGGAUAUGUUUGAGAAAAUGCCAGAGAGAGACCUAGUUUCUUGGAAUGUGAUGCUUAGUGGGUAUGUGAGGAAUAGGGACCUUGGUGCCGCUCAUGCCUUAUUUGAACGUAUGCCUGAAAGGGAUGUUGUUUCGUGGAACGCUAUGUUAUCGGGUUAUGCCCAGAAUGGCUAUGUUGAUGAGGCGAGGAAGGUUUUCGAAAAGAUGCCGGAUAAGAAUGAGAUAUCAUGGAAUGGGUUGCUUGCGGCGUAUGUACAGAAUGGAAGGAUAGAAGAUGCUCGUAGGCUGUUUGAGUCGAAAGCCAAUUGGGAAGCAGUUUCUUGGAAUUGUUUGAUGGGUGGAUUUGUAAAACAAAAGAGAUUAGUUCAUGCUAGGCAGAUUUUUGACCGGAUGCCUGUGAGGGAUGAAGUUUCGUGGAAUACCAUGAUCACAGGCUAUGCGCAGAAUGGGGAAAUGUCAGAAGCAAGGAGAUUGUUUGGGGAGUCCCCAAUUCGUGAUGUGUUUGCAUGGACAUCAAUGCUUUCGGGUUAUGUGCAGAAUGGAAUGUUGGAUGAAGGGAGGAGAAUGUUUGAUGAAAUGCCAGAAAAGAAUUCGGUUUCAUGGAAUGCAAUGAUUGCAGGAUAUGUACAAUGCAAGAGAAUGGACAUGGCAAUGAAAUUAUUUGAGGCAAUGCCUUUUCGGAAUGCCAGUUCUUGGAAUACCAUUUUAACUGGCUAUGCUCAGAGUGGUGAUAUUGAUAGUGCCAGGAAAAUCUUUGAUAGCAUGCCUCGGCGUGAUUCCAUCUCUUGGGCAGCUAUUAUUGCUGGUUAUGCUCAAAAUGGUUAUAGUGAAGAGGCUUUGUGUCUAUUUGUAGAGAUGAAAAGAGAUGGGGAAAGGUUGACUAGGUCUUCGUUUACCUGUGCUUUGAGCACAUGUGCUGAAAUCGCUGCGUUGGAAUUGGGGAAGCAGUUGCAUGGGCGAAUGACAAAAGCAGGAUACGAAACUGGGUGCUAUGUGGGGAAUGCACUCCUUGUAAUGUACUGUAAGUGUGGAAGCAUUGAGGAAGCAUAUGAUGUGUUCCAAGGAAUAGCUGAAAAGGAUGUUGUCUCAUGGAACACGAUGAUCUAUGGCUAUGCAAGGCAUGGAUUUGGCUCAAAGGCUCUGAUGGUUUUUGAGUCAAUGAAGGCAGCAGGUAUCAAACCAGAUGAUGUAACAAUGGUUGGUGUAUUAUCUGCUUGUAGUCAUACUGGCCUUGUAGACAGGGGCACGGAAUAUUUCUAUUCAAUGAAUCAGGAUUACGGCAUAACAGCAAAUUCAAAACACUAUACCUGCAUGAUUGAUCUUUUGGGUAGAGCUGGGCGCCUGGAGGAAGCACAGAAUUUAAUGAGAGAUAUGCCUUUUGAACCAGAUGCUGCAACAUGGGGAGCUCUACUUGGUGCAAGCCGGAUUCAUGGCAAUACCGAAUUAGGUGAAAAGGCUGCUCAGAUAAUUUUCGAGAUGGAGCCUGAAAAUGCAGGAAUGUAUGUUCUUUUGUCAAAUUUAUAUGCAGCUUCUGGCAGAUGGGGUGAAGUUGGUAAGAUGAGAUUGAAGAUGAAGGAUAAAGGUGUCAGGAAAGUUCCUGGAUAUAGCUGGGUUGAAGUGCAAAACAAGAUUCAUACAUUUUCAGUUGGGGACUCUAUACACCCAGAUAAGGACAAGAUAUAUGCCUUCUUAGAAGAGUUGGAUUUGAAAAUGAAGCGGGAGGGAUACAUUUCCUCCACAAAGUUAGUUUUACAUGACGUGGAAGAGGAAGAGAAAGAGCAUAUGCUGAAGUAUCACAGUGAGAAAUUAGCUGUGGCAUUUGGAAUUCUUUCAAUCCCAGCUGGGAGGCCAAUCCGUGUAAUAAAAAACUUGCGAGUUUGUGGAGACUGCCACAAUGCCAUUAAAUACAUAUCCAAGAUUGUGGGAAGGACAAUAAUCCUAAGGGAUUCUCACCGUUUUCACCACUUCAGCGGCGGUAAUUGUUCAUGCGGGGAUUAUUGGUGA